AUGGAGGAGCCCAUCCGUAGGCUGCUCCUAGUUAUGCCUAAGUCUUGCCCGGGGGAGAGACUAAUUGAAUUCAUUGAGAAGAUUCAUGAACUGUGCAGAAUUGGGAACUCAAGUGAGAAGAAUCUGCAUACUUGCCUACGUCCUGUAUUCCAACAGUGGGAUAGUUAUCUCAGUAACACCAAAAGAUCAUUCCUCAACAAAGUGGCAGCCAUGAUAAAAAACUAUGAUAAAGAACAUCGUGGGAGAGAGGUGAUGACUUUCAGUGACUAUUGUGUAUAUGAACAUGCAGUUCAAAAGCACAUCCUUGGACUUCAAGAGCCGGCCUUGGAUGUCCUGAAAGCCAUUGGAGGUAUGGUACAAGCAGAGUUUAGAAAUGUGUGUGAAGCUUGUUUCAAAAGCUAUCCUCAGCUCAGAUCCAUGGCUUUGAGUAAGAUUGACGAAAUCCAGACUAAACAGGAAACCAAAGUUGAGAAGAGAAUCAAAGAAUACAUCAAUAUGGAGCGAUUGGUGUACACUCAGGACAGUAUUUUCAUCAAGGGCUUGAAGGAUCAUAAAGCUCAGUUCAAAGAAGCCAUUGAGGAAGAGCGUUUUUAUGACCCAGAGGAAAUUGAGGACAUCACUGCUACAUUCAACAGUACCACAUUUGAUAGCAGGAAGCUGACCCCAGAUAAACUUGGGGUCUACUAUGAGAUUGUCUACCAGCGCCUGGCAGACUACGUGCCCAUGCUGAUCCUGCAAUUCAUGCUUAAGGAGUCAGCCAAGAUGCUUUGUAUCCAGAUUAUGGAUGAGAGAGACGGAGCUGAUGUUGUCAAACUGCUGAGCGAAGACUCUAUGGAAGGCCGCAGGAGAGCAGGCCUGCAUCAACGCCUGGACCGCCUGAAAAAGGCCCAGGAAAAACUUAGUGAGUUUUAGGACUCUCAAUACUGUAGUCCCAUUUUAUGUGAUGUCUAAAUGGACUGCCUUCCCUCUGACUCUUGUCAUACAACUUGAUAAUCAUUCUUUGACAUUGAGGUAAUUGAUAUUUCAAAAUUUAAGUGUGUGUCAAUAUAUUACCAAAAUCAUACAUACUGUGCUC